AUGGCUUGGAGUGAGAAGGAGGUGGUAAAUGAUAACAGGUCAAUUUUACUGAGGGGGAAAGAUUUAGCAGAUCGAAGUGAGACUGUGAGAGCCUGUAUGGCUAGACAGCAGGGGACAUUAGCUGCCUGUGGAGCGAGUGACUGUCAGCACCUGGAUCCAGGUCUCUCAUUGGUGAUUCAUGACAAGCUCCAAGUUCCCAAUACCAUUCGUAAGGCUUGGAAUGAGAAGGACAACAGAUGCGAUGUUUGUGCCACACACCUGAACCAGCUGAAGCAAGAGGCCAUUCAGAUGGUGCUGACCUUAGAGCAAGCUGCCAACUCAGAACAUUACGAUGCCUCGCCAGGCUCUCCCCCACCUCUCUCCAGUGUCCCCACGUUAGUGAGUCCCCGUCACAUGGGCAGCCUGCAGCCCAGGGACUGGGCAUAUGUGCCGGCUCCUUAUGCAACAUCUAAUUAUACAGGCUUUGUUGCCAACAAACACAGUGGAAAACCCAACAGUCUAGGAAUUGUCAAUGGGGUGGAGAAGAAAAAUGGCUCUCCUGGACACCAAGCCAAGGUCAGCUUUCAAAUGGCCACCAGCCCCAGCAAUGGCAACGUUCUCAACUCUGUGGCUAUUCAGGCUCAUCAGUACCUUGACGGCAGCUGGUCUUUGUCAAGAACGAAUGGUGUCACUCUAUAUCCCUACCAGAUAUCUCAGCUUAUGACAGAGACUGGUCGAGAGGGCCUGACUGAAGCAGCAUUGAACCGCUACAAUGCAGAUAAACCCGCCUUGUACAGCUUCCCUGCUUCCCAGAGCACGUAUGUUGCCAGUGAAGUAUCCACAGGCACCUCGGUGGCAGCAUCAUUUUUUGCCAGGUAA